GAUCCUUAUACUGCACGUUCCACAGAAUAUUGGUUUGAAUGAAGUCUUCUAUGAAAACAAUCAUUUGAACAUAUUAUGGCGCCAAAACGUGCACAUACUAAAUCCCGCUACGGAUGCGAUCAAUGCAAGAAACGCCGUGUCAAGUGCGAUGAGAGGGAACCAACCUGUACAAAUUGUACUGCACGCGAAAUCGAUUGUCAAUACUCGCGGCUACUUCAAGCACGAGGAACUUCUAGCGGUCCAAGGUCCACCUCCAAUGCGCAAAGUCUUAUAAGCGCUGGCUCUGCGUCUUCCUUGGUUCUUCCUGCGUCGGGCUUACCAGCAGUUAUCCGUGCUGAUUAUCCUGCCAUUCACCAAGGGGCGCUGCUCAACUACAGACCUUCCGGCCCAUCAACGCGGCAAAGAGAGCUUGAACUAAUGUAUUAUUGGUUUACUUAUACAUGCUCUAGCUUUACAAAUGCUCACGCUGAUUUGUUUCGAGGCCAUAUUGUACAAGAGGCACUUAAGCACGAAUAUCUCAUGGAUUCCAUCUUUGCUCUGACGUCUCUCCACAUAGCGACCCAGACUAGCGACGCAGUUUCUGCAACCUCCUACGUUAGGGAGGCACUAGCAUACCAGAACAAUGCAGUUCCUAGUCUUCGUGCUGCUCUAAACGAUGUGACGCAAUAUAAUUGUGAUGCCGUCGUCUUAACUUCAAUAUUGAUCAUGGCAUGCUCGCUCGUCUCGCCCUCCCUUUCUGCGGGGGACAAGAAUGCAACCAAACCGGCAUUACUCAACAUUUUUCUCAUGUAUGAUUGUCUUCAUGGUAUCAAAUCUGUCCUUAAUACAAGCUUCUCCUGGCUUCAAAGCGGAUCCUUGAGAGAUAUUUUUAGGACGCCGCAAAAGUUUCAGCUUCGGGGAAACGAGGUCACAAUACUUCCAAUCAAGAUACUUCAGAGUCUCAACACGACGGCUAUUGGGGUUACUAAUCCUCUUUACGAGACUUACCAAAAAGCCAUCAAAGAACUCGAAAGAUGCUAUGCAGAAGGCAAAAGAAUUCCAGUGUCGUGGCCAGCUGGAUUGAAUACGGAUUUUAUGUGCGAGCUGGAAAAGAGAGAGCGGAUGGCACUUAUGAUUUUAAUGUACUGGGGCGUUCUUCUUGAUAGGCUGGAUGAGAUGUGGUGGGCGAAACGUACAGGAAAGAGACUUGUAGAAGAUUUGUGUAGAAGCUUCGAUGGAUGCGGUGACGAGUGGGAUGAGGCUGUAAGGUGGGCAAUGACAGAGGUUGGACUGUUAGAAGAUGUUCUCGUAGAAAGAGCCUAAUAUAAAAUACGCCAAAACAAUGCAAAUGCGACUUGAAAAGAGAAAUCGAAUGUUCAUGAAAAGGACA